UUCACUUGACUGUGCCUUAGCUCUUCUCUCCAUAGACACAUGCGUCUAUUCAACCCAUCAAAUCUGAAGUUUUAAAACUUGAAAAAACCGUCAAACAUUAACUCCUUAAUUCCAAAAAAAAAAUAUGUACUACUUGUUCCCACAAGGCAUCAGAUUGGUAAAAGGCAAAGCAGUGGGCCUAUAAAAUUUGGGCUUCGUAUCGGAUUGGAUAAAAUCUAAAAGAAUUUAGCGUGGGACCUACGUAGUAGGAAACUGAAAGUUACAGUUGUGUAAUAAAAGCAGGACCCAAAGACUUGGCACGUACUGAUCCCGCCGUAUAAAAUGCUGGAAAGAAAGAAAAUCAUCCGAAAGGAGGGAGCACAAAAUCUAUUCUUUUGUUUUGAAGUUACCCGCGAUGGGCAGCCAAAGCGAGAGUAACGCGAAUCGAUCGCAGAUACCUCCUGGGAUGAAGAAGAUUGUCCAGAGUUUGAGAGAAAUUCUUAACCAUAAAUAUACGAACGAUGAAAUCUACUCUGCCCUUCGUAACUGUCACAUGGACCCUUAUGACACCGUUCAGAGACUCCUUUCUCAAGAUAUUUUUCAUGAAGUGAAGAGCAAACGUGAAAGAAGAAAAGAGAUGAAAGAGACGCAAGAAUCAAGGGCUUGGGGUAGUAAUAAUGGUUAUCAUGGAGUUAAAGCUGAUGCCGAAUAUAAUGUCGAUCAUGCAUCAUCUCAAAUCAGCUACAAUGACGACGUUGGUAAAGUUGAAUCUAUGAGAGGGAAUCUGUCCGUUGCUUCUUCUAUAACUUCUUCAUCACCUUUGACUUAUCAUGUGAAAACUACAAAAGAGCCGCCUUCACUUUAUAGGUCUUUCAAUGUUGAUAAUGGAAGACAAACUUUUGGAACUGGUGGUUCCAUCUUGUCAUCUGAACAAACUUCUGGCAGAUCGCUGGCUGCUUUGGAUAGUGGUCCUCGUGGGCAUGUUUCUAUGGCUGACAUUGUUAAGAUGGGUAGGCCACAUGUCCAGGGUUCAUCUGUGGCAGCGGAGACAUCUAAUACACUUGAAGAUAUGGAUGCAAGAGACUCAUUGGAUAGUUUUCUUAAACCUUCCCAUGAUUCUUCACCAUCUCCCGCUCCACUAGAACUACACCAAGAUCUGCAAUGUUCACAUCCUGCUAAUCUGUCAAAGUCUGCUUAUCAAUCUGGCACCACCACUACCAGCCAGCACAAUUUUGAUGACAAAUGGCCUGUGAUUGAGCAGCAGGAAUCUGGUAGAGAAAGCUGCUCUCGUUCAUCUUUUGCAAAUGGCUCUGUACUUCUGAAUGGAAAAGUAUCAUCAACUGCUGCAAACUUGAAGCAGCUAAGUCUGGAGAAAGAGUCCAAAUUAGUGCUGCUACCAGAGGAUGAUCAUCCAUUGGUGUUUCCAAAUGAUAUGCGAGCCUCAGCUGCUGACUGCCAACAUUUGAGUUUUGGUACAUUUAAUUCUGGUUUGCAGCAGCUGAGUCUGGAGAAAGAGUCCAAAUUAGUGCUGCUACCAGAGGAUGACCAUCCAGUGGUGUUUCCAAAUGAUAUGCGAGCCUCAGCUGCUGACUGCCCACAUUUGAGUUUUGGUACAUUUAAUUCUGGUGUGCAUGCUAAAAUUUCUGGGCCAUUGGCCUCAAAACCCUCAAAAAGUAACUUGAAGGAGGUGCCUGCAGUAAUUGAUGGGUCAUCUUCUGUUUGCUUGGACACUAGAAAUUCAGGGUACUUUGGUGAGUCCCUAUGCAGUAAGCAGGUUGGACUCAUUUCUGAUGCACAUCAAUUAACUGCACAUGUUAGGGAUCAUAACUUGUCUACAUCAUUACAGCCAGAGUUGACAAGGGAAAAUAUUCAUGAGUUCAAUAAUGGGCAUGAUUUUACAUCUGAGAAAUCUGUACCAGACUCUUGUUUCAAAAAUAUCCAAGAGCCCACUACUCCAUGGCCUGUUAUGAUAAGCCCUCAUGCCUCAGAUAUCCCUCCUCUUCAUUGUGAACUGAUUCUAAAUUCUGGUGCCUUUUCUUUACCGGACUCAUACUCAUCUACUAUGCCCGGUGUGGGUUUCGGUGCAGGUCUGGUGCUUCCCCGGCAUCUGGUGGCACAUUCUUACCCUCGGUCUUCCUCUGGCUACUCUGCUGUUUGUCAAACAUAUCCCUGCACUCCAUCUGCUUUGCAGCAAGCAUAUCAACAUAGCAGUGUAUUUCGUGAUCCCCGGGCAAGAAUGAAGUAUAACCUUCAACCAUCAAAAGAGGUUUUACCUAGGAGUAGCUUGCCUCUGUCUAGUGCAAAUAUUUGCAGUUAUGAAGGUUUGGGGAAUCCCAUCAACUUGUCUGGGAGGUUUCUAAAUGAUUUAUCAACUAUCCCUAACGUAGUUUUGGGGAAUCCUGCCAAUUUUUCUGAGAGAUCUCUGAAUGAUUUACCCACUACCCUUGGUGGGUAUGCAGUUGACUAUAAUGAUUUUCUACGCGGUCAGUGCGAGGAGGAAAAUAAUUUUACUAUGCUUCAACAGGAUUAUGGACGUGGUUCUAGAACAUCUUCGACUGUUACAGAAAAUGGAUAUUACUGCUUACAAAGACAAAGCCAGCUGCGAUCUACUCAUCAAGAUCAACAGCGCUCACAGAAUUAUGGUGCUCUAGGUUGCAUAAAUGUUUAUCAUUCUCAACAAACAAUAUCACAAGAUGAACAGCUGAAAAGCCUUGGUGAUUCAGCUUUUAGAAGUUCUCAAGGUCCAUCCGAGCAAUUUCAACCAUUCUGGCGGCAUAUCUGGUAAUGGUCGCAGGUCAUCAAAUCCAUUUCUUCAACUUCGGUUGCACGGCUCCUGAGUCUCUUUUUGGUCCUUUUCAGUAGCUGAGUUUGAAAGAGGCAAAUUAGGUCGGUUCACUGUUUAAUUAGAAUGUUAUGGUAGUCAUGAGUCUGGCUCUAAUUGUACACACCUAAAAGAGAUGAGUGUGGCUCUGUCCCAUGCCUCAAUAUUGUAUUAUAUCUUUUUUUCGUAUUGGGGCACGGUUUAGAUGAGUAGCUUGCCAAUGUGAAUUCCUUCAUUUUCAAAAAGCAUUUUGAUUUAAAAAAAAAAAAAUUAAAAAAGACUACACACAA